CCGAGAGCUUCCCCGGUCCCCGGCGCCGCCUCCUUCCCUCCCGGCUCCGCGCUUUCGCAGCCGCCGUCGCCCCGGGGAAGGAGAGACGGGGGUGGGGUUUGCGGGUAGUGAGAAAGGAGGGGAGAGACCCCGGCUGGCUGGAGCCCGGAUUCCUAGGGAAGAAGGACAGGGGGAGGGGAAGCUGGAGGACCGGGCGGGAGAACGGGGAACAGCGGCCGGGCCUGGGGCCUUGAGGCCCGGGGAGAGCCGGGGAGCGGGACCGGGCGCCGAGCCCGUGCGGCUCCGCCCCCGCCUCCUCCGCGGGGCGCCCUCCGCGUCCCGAACCGGGCGGUCGGAGCCUGUGAGGCGCGCAGACCAAGGUCUGUCUGUCGGCUGGUCCAGGCCGCUGCCGGCGGGCUCCGCCGUGCUCUCACGGCCGCCGUUUCCUCAGAUGCUGCUGCUGCUGGUGCCUCUCUUCCUCCGCCCCCUGGGCGCAGGCGGGGCGCAGACCCCCAACGCCACCUCGGAAGGUUGCCAGAUCAUACACCCGCCUUGGGAAGGGGGCAUCAGGUAUCGCGGCCUGACUCGCGACCAGGUGAAGGCCAUCAACUUCCUGCCGGUGGACUAUGAGAUUGAAUAUGUGUGCCGGGGGGAGCGCGAGGUGGUGGGGCCCAAGGUGCGCAAGUGCCUGGCCAAUGGCUCCUGGACGGAUAUGGACACACCCAGCCGCUGUGUCCGAAUCUGCUCCAAGUCUUAUUUGACCCUGGAAAAUGGGAAGGUUUUCCUGACGGGUGGGGACCUCCCAGCUCUGGAUGGAGCCCGGGUGGAUUUCCGAUGUGACCCCGACUUCCAUCUGGUGGGCAGCUCCCGGAGCAUCUGUAGUCAGGGCCAGUGGAGCACCCCCAAGCCCCACUGCCAGGUGAAUCGAACGCCACACUCAGAACGGCGUGCAGUGUACAUCGGGGCGCUGUUUCCCAUGAGCGGGGGCUGGCCGGGGGGCCAGGCCUGCCAGCCCGCGGUGGAGAUGGCGCUGGAGGACGUUAACAGCCGCAGGGACAUCUUGCCGGACUACGAGCUCAAGCUUAUCCACCACGACAGCAAGUGUGACCCAGGGCAAGCCACCAAGUACUUGUAUGAACUGCUCUACAAUGACCCCAUCAAGAUCAUCCUCAUGCCAGGCUGCAGUUCUGUGUCCACACUUGUAGCCGAGGCUGCCCGGAUGUGGAAUCUUAUUGUGCUCUCCUAUGGCUCCAGCUCACCAGCCCUGUCAAACCGGCAGCGUUUUCCAACGUUCUUCCGAACACAUCCAUCCGCCACACUCCACAAUCCCACCCGGGUGAAACUCUUUGAAAAGUGGGGCUGGAAGAAGAUUGCCACCAUCCAGCAGACCACAGAGGUCUUCACCUCAACGCUAGAUGAUCUCGAGGAACGAGUGAAGGAGGCUGGGAUCGAGAUCACCUUCCGCCAGAGUUUCUUCUCAGAUCCAGCUGUGCCUGUUAAAAACCUGAAGCGUCAAGAUGCUCGGAUCAUCGUGGGACUUUUCUAUGAGACUGAAGCCCGGAAAGUUUUUUGUGAGGUCUAUAAGGAACGGCUCUUUGGGAAGAAGUAUGUCUGGUUCCUCAUCGGGUGGUAUGCUGACAAUUGGUUCAAGACCUAUGACCCGUCAAUCAACUGUACAGUGGAUGAGAUGACUGAGGCAGUGGAGGGCCACAUCACCACUGAGAUCGUCAUGCUGAACCCUGCCAACACCCGAAGCAUUUCCAACAUGACCUCCCAGGAAUUUGUGGAGAAGCUAACCAAAAGGCUGAAAAGACACCCUGAGGAGACUGGAGGCUUCCAGGAGGCACCACUGGCCUAUGACGCUAUCUGGGCCUUGGCUUUGGCCUUGAACAAGACCUCCGGAGGAGGUGGCCGGUCGGGCGUGCGUCUGGAGGACUUUAACUACAACAACCAGACCAUCACAGACCAAAUCUACCGGGCCAUGAACUCCUCAUCCUUUGAGGGUGUUUCUGGCCAUGUGGUCUUUGAUGCCAGUGGCUCCCGGAUGGCGUGGACACUUAUCGAGCAGCUGCAGGGUGGCAGCUACAAGAAGAUUGGCUACUACGACAGCACCAAGGAUGACCUUUCCUGGUCCAAAACAGAUAAGUGGAUUGGAGGGUCUCCCCCAGCUGACCAGACCUUGGUCAUCGAGACAUUCCGCUUCCUGUCACAGAAACUCUUUAUCUCCGUCUCAGUUCUCUCCAGCCUGGGCAUUGUUCUUGCUGUUGUCUGUCUGUCCUUUAACAUCUACAACUCCCACGUGCGUUAUAUCCAGAACUCCCAGCCCAACCUGAACAAUCUGACUGCCGUGGGCUGCUCGCUGGCACUAGCUGCUGUCUUCCCCCUUGGGCUGGACGGGUACCACAUAAAGAAAGGCCAGUUCCCGUUUGUCUGCCAGGCCCGCCUUUGGCUCUUGGGCUUGGGCUUCAGUCUGGGCUAUGGUUCUAUGUUCACCAAGAUCUGGUGGGUCCACACCGUCUUCACAAAGAAGGAGGAGAAGAAGGAAUGGAGGAAGACCCUAGAGCCCUGGAAACUGUAUGCCACUGUAGGCCUGCUGGUGGGCAUGGAUAUCUUGACUCUUGCCAUCUGGCAGAUUGUGGACCCCUUGCACCGAACCAUCGAGACUUUUGCCAAAGAGGAGCCAAAGGAAGACAUCGAUGUAUCCAUCCUGCCCCAGCUGGAACACUGCAGCUCCAGGAAGAUGAAUACAUGGCUUGGCAUUUUCUAUGGUUACAAGGGGCUGCUGCUGCUGCUGGGAAUCUUUCUUGCUUAUGAGACCAAAAGUGUUUCCACUGAGAAGAUCAAUGACCACAGGGCUGUGGGCAUGGCUAUCUACAACGUUGCGGUCCUGUGUCUCAUCACUGCUCCUGUCACCAUGAUUCUCUCCAGCCAGCAGGAUGCAGCCUUUGCCUUUGCCUCUCUGGCCAUCGUGUUCUCUUCCUACAUUACUCUGGUUGUGCUCUUUGUGCCCAAGAUGCGUAGGUUGAUCACCCGAGGGGAAUGGCAGUCCGAAGCCCAGGACACCAUGAAGACAGGGUCAUCCACCAACAACAAUGAGGAAGAGAAGUCCCGACUGUUGGAGAAAGAGAACCGUGAAUUGGAAAAGAUCAUUGCUGAGAAAGAGGAGCGUGUCUCUGAACUGCGCCAUCAGCUCCAGUCUCGGCAACAGCUCCGCUCACGGCGUCACCCCCCAACACCCCCAGACCCCUCUGGGGGCCUCCCCAGGGGACCCUCGGAGCCCCCUGACCGACUUAGCUGUGAUGGGAGUCGAGUGCAUUUGCUUUACAAGUGAGGGGGUAUCAAGAAGGAUAAGGCCAGUAGGGGAGGGAAGGGUGUGGGAAGAGGGUGGGGGACUGGGAGGAGGGCAAGGACUCCUAUCUCCAACUGGGAGAACAUGCUCCAAUCCCCCUCUUAUAAAUAUAUGUCACUCUGUGCGUUUGGAGUUAUUUGGAUCUCCAAUACUCUGGAAACCAGACUGUUUUCUCUCUUAUUCAUUCAUAUAAUUUUGUAUCGCUACUUCACAGUUUGGUUUGAACCCUGCUUGAAGCUAUUCACUCGUAACCCCAGAGGGGCAGCUCACCAUAUUUUUCUCCCACGUCCUGUCUCAUGUAGUCAUCACGGAAACUCCUGCAAUCUCAGCCGCAGGGGUCUCCCCACAAGUGUUCUUCCCACACUAACAGGACCCUCUCCAUUUCUCAGCAUCAGAAUCCCCUUCCAUUGUCCUUGUCUUUCUACACAUUCCCAUGUUUUCCUCUCCUUAAAUGUUGCUUUUUCCAGGAGAAUCAUUCUUACCCAGGUCUACAUGCUCUUUGCCUCUGCUCUGUGUGCUCUGGGUUCCCAGCACACAUAUCCCAUCCUCCAAGUGUGGUGUUUCCAGAGUGCUUUCUCAUGCGCCAUUACUUGUGCUCUCUGAAUACCCUGCACCUGUGAGUGACAGUGGUUGUGGAUAUGCGCUGUGGUGUGCUCGGGUACGUGUGUGUGAUGUGUUGGGCACACUACGCUGUCUUCCUCAUGUGCACACGUCACGCCCUUCUGUGCUGUGGUGUGCUCGGGUAAGUGUGUUUGAUGUGUUGGGCACACUACGCUGUCUUCCUUGUGUGCACACGUCAUGUCUUUCUGUGCCGUGGUGUGUUUGGGUAAGUGUGUGUGAUACAUUGAGCACACUACGCUGUCUUCCUUGUGCAUGCCACAUCUUUCUGUGUUUUACCAGUGCCACCCAGUGCAUUGCAUAUUGACUUAUUUGCAUCUUAACAUCAUGUAUAUGUGUGUUUCCCUGGCUGUCUUAAUGGAAGUCCUCUGUCUUACUACACUUUCUGAGUUGUCUGCCUCCCUGAUGUCAUGUCUUUUCCCACCAGAGUCAUGUGCACCCAACAUGCACAUGUUAAACACAUUCUCCGCAGUUCAUGUGUUCUGGGCCAUCCAUCCCUCUCCUCGGCAUUACGUUUCCUCUCAAUGUUCCCUGGAUUCUUUGCUCUCAUGUGUACCACCCUCUGUCUGUACUCAUAAUUACCUCUCAAGACUUCAUUUUAGUUUUCUUUAUUAUCAUUAUUGUUUUUUUUUCAGAAGUAAGGGAAAAGAAACGGGUACAGACUGGAGGCUGUUUUCAGUGGAUAGUAGGUCCACAUCCUAACCAAAUGAAGGUGUGGACAGAUGGACUGAAGGGGCAGGAGGCAGUGUCCCUUUCACACUGUGUUGUGUCUUGGGGAAGGAUCUCCCUGAAUCUCAAUAAACCAGGGAACAGUGUGACUCAGCACCUCA